CUGACAGCGAACAAAGUUACAUCAGACGAGAUACAUUUAUUGUGGGCCCCGCCAGCCACUUACACUGUCCAAAGACAGAACACUGAUGACAUAGAAAUCGACAGACAGACUCUUAAACCAGAACCUGAUCUAACAGUCCUUGCUAAAGACACUCAAGCAGAUGAAGCUAUAAUCGAUGAUAGUAAGGACUACAAAAUGGAAGCGUCAAAGGACACCGACUAUACCUACAACUUCUACAAGAGCGACAAACAGAAGUACAGCGAGGAUUUUUUAGAUAAUGAUAACUAUAGAGUCAAAAGAGACGUUAGGUCCCACAGGCAUAGGAAAAGAAGACAGGAGAAUUCCACUGAUACGAAGAUUACGAUGGAGAAAGGUCUGGAUGGGGUGGAGACUCACCAGGCUUUUGAACUGCCGAUAGAGAUUGUGAAGAAAUCUAUGGCGUUGCCCUCCCGAAAAGAUAUAACGCAAAUAGCAUUCGUUCUAUACUACGAAGAAGGUGUAACGAUUAAGAAGGCGUCCACUGAUUCGAUCAUAGCAACAGUACAGAGUUCAGAGGAAAUCAAACAGAGAAACGUGUUCAGAAGCGAUCUGGGAAUACAAGAUAAUUACAACGCCACCAAAAACUUGACCUUACUCAACACGUCCGGGGUACAAACUAAGGUAGUGGGAUUCAGAUUGAGGAAUUUAAAACCAUUCACACCGUAUAAGAUAUGGGUGCGUGCCUUUUAUAACAUACCACUAGCGGGUGUGAUGUCUUCCGAUCUCCUCGCUCGCCUGGGACCACAGUCAGAGUCUCUCUACGUACUAACAGACGUUAAACCUCCAUCGGCACCGGUUAUACUCAAUCUGACAUGCGACCAACAGAAUGGUAUUUUAUAUCUCCAAUGGCGUCAACCUCUCGAGUACAACAACUCAUUAGACCAGUACGUGGUGACGCUGAGGAAGAUUCCAGAACAACAGCCGAGGACCAGACUCACACUGUUCACUAAGAAGGAGGACAUAGAGACUAUGAUUAGUGUUAAAGUGGAUUUAUCGAACUCUACAAUGUACGAGGUGAAAAUAUACGCCGUAACUUUAUCAGUGGCGACGCCGAAAACACUUAUCAAUGGAUCGGAAUCACCUCCAAAGGAGGUGUCAAGUGAGUCGUGCGCGGUAGUAGCGGCUCGAGCGGGGAUCGCGGAUGUGGAGGGCGAAGCCCCGGGUGCUCCGGCCGCACUGUUAGCGGCCGCCCUACUGGCAGCCCUAGCAGCCGGUGGAGCCGCCCUAGUUUACUGGAGAUGUAGAUCUCGUGUGAGCAAGUGUAUCAGUGCUGCUUACAAUUACUUAGAGGAGGGCGGCGAGAGGGCAGCCAGGGCUCCACUCAAUAUUAACAAGAAACCUCCUGUAAGUCAGUCCCCGGUGGCAGCAUGUGGCGGGACCGUGUCCUCGUCCCGACCGCCACGCAUGUCCGGUCCCUCACAUCCGGUUGUUAAAGCCAGGGACUUCCCCUCACACGUGGCCUCCUUACACGCUGACGGAGAUAUAGGAUUCAGCAAGGAGUAUGAGAUAGUGGUGGGUAUGUCCGCUGCUCUGGGACACACCAGCCAUCACAGCUACCGACCGGAGAACAGGCUGAAGAACAGAUACCUGAACAUAACAGCCUACGAUCAUAGCCGUGUAUGUGUAUCUGUGGGUGGGAGGUGCGGGGCGGCGGGCUGUGUGGGCGCGGGGAGGGGGGCUGCUUGUGACUAUGUGAACGCUAACUUCAUAGACGGAAUGCUACCCGCUUUAAACCCCGCUGCCAAGAGACGCAUUGAGAAGAAACUUGAAAGGAGAGCAAGGCCGGACAGGCAACCCUCAGUUCGAGCGACUAAGCCGCCACCCAAUCUUUCUGAUGGCAUCGAGUCAGCGUUCCUUAACAUCGAGUUUUCAGGAAUAGUAGAGUCUGAAGAACGAACAGACUCAGAUAGUGACCGGAGUGAUGAUGAUGAUCAACUAGAUGAUGUAUACGUUGAUAUCAAUGGCGUGCCUCGUCAGAUCAAGUUAGAGUGGGUGGUAUGGCGACGCCGGUACAUCGCUACUCAAGGCCCCACGCCCGCUACACUUGACGCAUUCUGGCGAAUGAUCUGGCAACACAGGGUCUGCACAUUAGUCAUGAUCACUAACCUCGUGGAACGGGGACGGCGUAAAUGCGACAUGUACUGGCCGGCGGGCGGGCGCGGAAGUUCCGCGGAGUUCGGCGGAAUACACGUGACGCUGCUGUACGAGGACGUGAGGGCCGCUUACACCGUCAGACAUCUCAGGGUUAAGAGCACGGUCGCGGGUAGCGAAUCGUCGAGCGAGUCUAGUACAGCGAGCGGCGAGGGUCGCCACGUGGUCCAGUACCACUACACCGUGUGGCCCGACCACGGCACGCCACGGCAUCCGUUAGCUGUGUUGCCCUUCGUACGAGCCGCAGCAGAUCCGGCCACAGUACUCGUUCAUUGCAGUGCUGGCGUUGGCAGAACGGGUACAUACAUAGUGAUAGACGCACAACUGAACCAAUUAAAACUAACGGGAACCCUGUCACCAUUAGGGUUCCUCUGUCGCGCGAGAACACAAAGGAACCAUCUAGUUCAGACUGAAGAACAAUAUGUAUUCGUACAUGACGCCUUACUAGAGUACGUGCGGUCAGGCAACACAGAAGUCGAAUUCACAAAAGCUAGGGAAUACCUUGCGAAGCUUCUAGAACCAAUAUCAGAAGAAGAACUAGCUGUUAUGGACCUUAAUCCUAUCAAGCAUAAGAGCGUUAACGAAAUGAACGGUGAAACAGAUAUGUCGAGCGUUAAAUCUAUAGAGUGCAGCGAGAAUAUAGUAGAAAAUGGAAGCAGUCAAGUGUCUAUAAAGACUGAUGAAUUGAACAGCGAAAGUAAAUCAUCUGUGGACAACCAAGAGAAGGAUGGAUUGGUGAAUGGUGAUGAUUCAGAGGGAGUUUAUGAUCUGGCGCCGCGCUCCACAGAUACUUAUAAUAAGAAAAUGGCCGCCUAUAAUAGUAUGAAUGAACAAGAGAAAGAAGAAAUGCGCAGAGUAAACCGAGCCGAAAAUUACGCGCUGUUGGAACGGAUGCGGUCUCUGUCGAACAGACAUCAACUGUAUCAAGGACCGCCUCCCGUUAAUUUGUUGGAAAAACAGAAUCAGUUGAUAACACGUUCGUGGGUGGAGGCGAGUGUGUGUGCUCGAGCCCCUCACAACGCUGAUAAGAACAGACCGGGCGGCAUCCUGCCUUCAGACUCUGCGAGGGUCAUGCUGGUACCCAAACCCGGAGUUGAAGGAAGCGAAUAUAUAAAUGCUUCGUGGGUGUGUGGCGUGCGUCGUGUGAGAGAGUACGCCGUGUGUCAACAUACUGAGGCGCCGGACCCGUGGCGACUGUUGUGGGACCACACGGCGCAACUAGUGUUGUUACUACACGAUGAUGAACAUCCGGAGUGCGAUGUGUUCUGGCCGACGGAAGAUGAGAAGGAACUGUUCGUGGCUAAUUUCCGUGCGAGUUUUGUAUCUAAGGAAGUGUAUGUGGCUCAUAGAAGAUCGGAUAGAACGAGUCGAACGGACACGCCCAGCGAGCCUGAGACUAACGGGUAUAGAAGACAGGAGGGCAGCGAGUGUGCGGACGACGAACGACUCAUACCUGAUAAUAAUUCACCAGUUAAUAAUACGGAACCAGCCUAUAGGUUCGAUAGAACGGAACUCCGAUUGGAGCGGCUCAGUAACAGAGAUCUGUCCGCACGGAAAUCUAUAGCGAACGGAGAUUUAUUCUCCUCAUUAUCAGAGAAGAAAAACGGCCCGAAAUCACCGAGAAGUCCAUCGAAGAUGUCCUUGAAGAACUUUAAGCUGAGCUCUCCCACCAAGUUCAAGUUUCCCGAGUGGGGCUCAAGAGCGGCUGGUUCACCGCCAGAUACUGCCCCACCGCCUCCACCAAUCACACCAUCGCUCACAGUAGAAGAGGAAGCUGAACUACGAAGACCUGUAUACACAUUCGAGAAAGUUAAACACGUCCCAAACAUACCAUCAGAUAGGGUUAUAGAAGUGACAAACGUUAGCGUGCAUUCAUUGCAGGACGAUUACCAGUUAAGUGUUAAGUUUAUAAAGUGCAGUGGCUGGUUGAAAGGUGCUACCACCAAAUACAGUGCAGGGCGGCCUGAUGAUAAUGAAUACGUUCGGGCUGUGAGGCAUUCUAGCGGGAGUGAACGGGAAGCAGCCAUCGAUAGACUAAUAGCGCCCUAUCAGGAUUCGUUCGCAUUGAUUGAGUUCGUCGCUGGGUGUCAGAUGGAGUAUAAGAAUGGACCAGUCGUUGUUGUUGACAAAUACGGCGGCUGGCGAGCGUUAACAUUUUGUUCUCUGAGCGCUGCUUGUGGUGGUGUAAGGAAUCCGGAUAUCAAAGAGCCGGGCAGUGAGUGGGCAUCACCUUGUGUGGGCGCUGAUUUAUACUGCAGUAGUGCUCUCAACGCUCACGCGCGCUGCCAGGCCUCACCGGCUUCCCCGGCCUCACAGAGCUCACAGGCCUCACAGACCUCGCAGGCCUCACAGACCUCCCAAGAGCGGCCCGUAACCCACUCGCCUGAGGCUCUACUGGCGGCAUACUGCGCCCUCACCGCGUAUGCAACUAAACUACCGAGGCCUGAUAGCUGA